AUGUCUGCUGAUCGAACCCAUUCACCAACAUCAAACUCGCCACCCCAACGUCGCCCAUCUUUAAGUGACAUCUUCUCGAAACCGAACAGUGCCAACAUGAGUAGCGCGACAGGCAAUUCUUCUUUUCCUAACCCCAUCACCACGGCUGCCGCAUCCAAUGCCCAGUCAAACCGACGACGGAUGUCAAUCACUACGCUAGGCCUCUCUGGCUCCCCAACACAGCCCUCGCCGUUUGGCAGCAUUGCAGGCCGUCGUGAAAGUGUCUCAAGCUCAGAGAGCUUUGAGGAUGCCAUCGAUGACAGUGAUAAUUCCCCUGGAAAUAACCCGACGUCUCCGUUUGCGAGACGUGUCUCGUUUGGUGCCCAGGCACUACGGGAUGUUCGAGGAGGAAAUGGUACUGCAAAUGGUAGAUAUCCCUCUUCUGGAUCAUCUCCUUUGGCGACGAGCUAUCACACUGCAUCGUCGACCAGCUCCGCGUACACCAGAGACAACCCUUCUUCUUUUUCUUCUUUGUCUUCAUCUUCCUCCGCUGCUGCAGGUACAGGCUCAAAUAAUCUUAAGAACGAGAGAUCUGACAGGUUAUGGCGACCUCUAGGAGAGGGUUUCAACUGGUCCGCAGCCCUCAGGACCAGGGCCGAGCGGGCUCCUUCCCAUGGAGGCUCCUUUCCCGCCUCUGCGCAACCACAACCAUUGAUGAAUCAAAAUGAUAUCAAUCACUCGCAAGCCUAUCAUCAACGUGCUGCUUCCAUUGCUAUCAUGGAGCAGCCAACCCGGGAAAUGCCCAAGGAAUCGAGACAGAAAAAGCCAGAUUUCUUCCAGGAGAAGAUACUUCGAGCUGAUUUUAUGGAUUAA